AUGGUUGGAAUUAAAAAAAGAACUCAACACUUAAAAAUUAUUGCUAAAAUUUCUGUGCAUUCAAGACAAGAAAAACAAAAAAUACCAGAGGAUAAUGAAAUUUAUGAUUCUGCUAAUUCUGAUGAUUUUGAAGAAAUGAUUUCAUAUUUUGAUGAAGAAUUUGAAAAUAACAGUGAAUCUUUAUUCCAAUUAUUGAUUAAUAAUAUGAAAAAUUAUAAAGCUAAAAGACCUUUAACCUAUCAUGGAAAUUCAACAAGAACACAAAAAAGAAGAAAGCAUCAACAAAAGAAAAUAUCAAUAAAAGUGGUCAAACUCUUGAUCAAUUUUUUAUAUGAAAUAUCAUCUUUUUUAAGAGAGGAAAAAUUUAAUGUGACUGUAAAUAAUUUUAAAGAAUUUAUUGCUAAAGAUGUAUUUCCUAGUAUAGGAGUUGAAAAUGAGACAGCAAUCAGGUGA